AUGAAGAAAGUAGCAGGGAUGGAUGUGGAACUGACAGUUGAAGAAGUAAACUUCCUAUCUGUUGCAUAUGAAAAUGUGAUUGGAGCUAGAAGAGCCUCCUGGAGAAUAAUCAGCAGCAUUGAACAGAAAGAAGAAAACAAGGGAGGAGAAGACAAGCUAAAAAUGAUUUGGGAAUAUCAGCAAAUGAUUGCGACUGAGCUAAAGUUACUCUGUUGUGACAUUCUGGUUGUACUGGACGAAAACCUCAUUUCAGCAGCUAACACUGGCGAGUCCAAAGUUUUCUAUUAUAAAAUGAAAGGGGACUACCACAGGUAUCUGGCAGAAUUUGCCACAGGAAAUGACAGGCAGGAGGCUGUGGAGAACAGCCUAGUGGCUUAUAAAGCUGCUAGUGAUACUGCAAUGACAGAACUUCCAUCAACGCAUUCUAUUCACUUAGGUCUUGCUCUCAAUUUUUCUGUAUUCUACUACGAAAUUCUUAAUUCCCCUGACCGUGCCUGCAGGUUGGCAAAAGCAGCUUUUGAUGAUACAAUUGCAGAACUGGAUACGCUGAGUGAAGAAAGCUGUAAGGACACUAUGGACUUCAGGAAUGCAGGGUAA